AUGAAGGUCGUUCACCCAGCUUCUGACGAUCAGGUUAAUGGGUUCCGUUUCCCUAUUCCGUCUUUUCGAGAGACUAACCCUAAGGCCUGGUUUAACCAGCUAGAAUCUAUUUUUUCAUUACAUGGUGUUAAGUCUGACAGGGUAAAAUUUCACUGCGUUGUUGCAGCACUUCCUCCGCAAGUCUUCGAUGACCUCGACGACAUCUUCGAGCUUCCCGAUGGUCAGAAAAGUUACGAUGAGCUUACGGUCGUCGUCUUAAAGCGAUUUGGCGUAUCAGACCAUGCUCGCGUUACGCAGCUUCUUAACGAAACCUAG